CAUCCAUUCUCUCUCUCUCUCUCUCUCUCUCUCUCUCUCUCUCUCUCUCUCUCUCUCUCUCUCUCUCUCUCUCUCAUCCUUGCCUGACUUCCCCUUCCACUCCCUUGUCCCUUAUCUCUGACGGAUAAGGGGGAGGGGAGGUAACGGGGAGGGAGGUUUGAGACAAGACGAAAGAGGAGGAGAAAGAGAGAAAAGGAAAAAAAGGCGGAGAAGGGACAUAACCAGGGAAGGGGAGUACAUUCGACAAGGAAGUAGAGGAAGGAUGAAGGAGAAGGAUGGAAGGAUGGGGAGAAAGUAGAAAGAAUAAAUAUGAGCAGCAAGGGUGAGGAGUGAGUGAGGAAUUAGAGGGAGAGAGCAAGUAUUAAGAAAUGAGUAUUCUCUUUUCCUAUCCUCUGCUUCUUUUCAUUUUUCCUCCAUCCAUUUCCUUCUUUUCGCAUUUAUGCUCCUAUCCAUUUUCAUACUCAAUCAGUCUUAUUCAGCUUCACAAUCCUCAGAUCUCUCUCUCUCUCUCUCUCUCUCUCUCUCUCUCUCUCUCUCUCUCUCUCUCUCUCUCUCUCUCUCUCUCUCUCUCUCUCUCUCUCUCUCAUCUGCCGACUCGACACAACUUUCCAGACAACUAUCCCCUCUUCUUCAAUGACAUUCAACUGUCCCCCUCUUCUACAAUUAAUAUCUUCGGUCCGGCCUUUACUUAUAAUCUAAACUGGAAAUUUCACAUCUCUAGUUAAAGCAGCUUCUAUGAAGUUAGGUGUUCUGUGUCGUUCCGCCGGUUUUUCUCACCCUACCCAGCUGCUAAUUCUGUACAGGGGCCUUAUAUAUCUAUGUAUGGAGUUAGCUUCACAUGUAAGGGGGACUGGUUUAACUCAUACCACUCUUUUAGACAGGUUGGAAUAAAAAGCUUUUUUGUCUUAUCAACUCCUGUCCUCUAACUGGCUGUCUUCAGCCUCUUUCUCAUUGCCGCAGUGUUGCAUCUCUUGCUAUCUUCUGCCGCAGUUUUCAUGCCAACUGGUCUUCUGAUCUUGCUAAUUGCAUGCCUCCCCUCCUCCCGCGGCUUCACUGCACAAGAUUUUCUUUCUCUAAUCCCUCAUUCUGUCCACCUCCCUAAUGCAAGAUUUAACCAGUAUUCUCAUUCAUUCAUCCCUUAAGUAAACUCCGGAACCCGUUGCCUGCUUCCGUAAUUCCACCUUCCUAUGGGUGUGUGUACAGGGAAAGCAGGUUUGCCAGCGCGGGCAGCCGGCGCCGACCCGCGCCAGAAAUUACACCAUAUAAACAAGUAUAAUUGUGCACAGAGGAAGCAGGUCCGAACAUGUCGGCGCCGGCAGCCUAAUUCAACCCGCUUUCCUAUUUGCUGGGAUCAUUCUUGCUUGCUUAACUUGUGCGGGUGGACUGCUGAGUGAGGAGCUCCUGACAGCCAAAAAUAUAUGAGACAACCAGUGUGGAAUAAACAGAAUAGGCACUAAGCUAACAGGAAUGUUGUGGAUAAGCUGUUGGCUGAAAUCAGAUCACUAAAAAGAUGGUAUUCUCUAAACUCUUCUCUUUAAAUUUAUUUCAUGUACUGCUCUUCUUUUCCUCGAGUUUUGAUGAACACUAUCGAGGAGCAUGAACUCAUCAUCAGGCGAUGAGCUCGACAUCUUAGUAUACCUCUGCUGGUGGAUUGCAAGUGAUCACAGAUACUGCCUCUGUCCGUGUCGCUCACUGCACGGCUCAGAAAUGGUUAUCCGUGUUCUCUGCGGACACCUUAUCACGUUGGCUACCGGUGCAUGCGCGUCGGCGCCGGUAACCCGCUUCCCCUGUGCACGCACCCUAUGACUUGAACUCUUUCAAGAGGGAGGUUUCAAGAUACUUAUCCUGUAAUUUUUGACUACCGCUUUGUACUCUUCAAGGACCGGCAUCUCAGUGGGCUUUUUUUUUUCUUUUGUGUGUGUUUGUGCCCCCUCCUACAUAAAAAAAAAAAAAAAAAGCUUGGGGCCAAAGUGGUUUGAGUGCCAAGUGACUCAAUACCAAACGUCUUGAGGCCUAUUUUGAUUCUGCCAUUUCUGUGUUGAUGAUCACCUGAUUGGAGGAUUAUAUGAUCUAAAUUAACCAUCCGCCUCGGUACAUUAUGACUAAACCUUUCUCUUUCGUUGUCUCAUAUUUUCCUCUUUCUUCUAUUUAUUUGCUAUAUUUUCCUUAGUUCUUUUUGUUUCUUAUCUUACUUUUCGCUCACCAGUUCAUUAUUCUUUCAUUAGUUGAUUCUCUCUCUCUCUCUCUCUCUCUCUCUCUCUCUCUCUCUCUCUCUCUCUCUCUCUCUCUCUCUCUCUCUCAGUGCAAUCAACAAACCACAUAACAAUAUCCUAAAAACCCAUUAAACAACAACAAUAAUAAGCAAACAGCCAACCAACUCAAAGCUAACCAUCCAAUCCUAAUUAAAGUCUGACAUCGUAACAUACUUUAGGAUGCAGUGCUUCAGAGGACACUAUUAAGUUCCUUUUUAUACCUGAGCGGGUCCUAAGCACUUCUCAGCGCGUCCCUCACCCCAGGCGGGCACGUGGACAAUAUCAGCAUGGAAUAUUCUGCUGGGGAGGCACGCGGGACUGCUAAUGAGCGUCUGCCUUUAAACUGCAUCCCUAAACAUCUCUGUUCCCUCUUUUCAGACUAAUGGAAGUUACGAAGGGUUUUCUGUGGUGUUUUCGUGAUUUUGGUGAUAGUUUAGUAAUUCUACAUCAUCACCAGGAAAAAAAAAACAGCCUUGAGAAUAUGAUUAAUCAUCUUUGUAGUCUCUGAAAGCAUUCCUAAUGAGAGAACAAAGUGUUUAAUAAUUAAUAUGAGGCUUCAGACGCUAUACUGAUGUGGCAUCGCCAAACCAGAAUUUUGAAACGCUUUGUUCUCUCAUAAGAACUAUAUUUAAAAGCUAUAUGCAUAAUAGGUCGAGUUCUAAUGGAUGUUUUUACAGUUGAGGAUGCAUAAUACUAAUCUAAAAUAUCCCUGAAAUUAUUAAAAUACCCUUGAAAAUCUUAAAACUUCCACUAUGAAAAAUAGAGAUAAGGCGCCGAAACAUUAAACUGAACAGUCCUUGCUGGUGUUGUAGUAUUAGUUGUUGUAAUAGUAGUUCUUCUAAGUCUUUUGUCCCUUUUUUUUUUCAUGUUUCCCCUCUUUACCUCUUUUGUGUGUGUGUGUGUGUGUGUGUGUGUGUGUGUGUGUGUGUGUGUGUGUGAUGAAUGAUGAUUUCUUUAUGUUAUUGCUUUAUUCCGAAGCUACUGUAUAUAGCCAAAAUUCUAAAAAGUUAAUGUAUAAUGUAUAAUCUGGAUUCUACAUAGCUUCCGUGAAUCUGCGCCGAUCUCUCUCUCUCUCUCUCUCUCUCUCUCUCUCUCUGGUAAAGAUUAUCAGGGAGAACAAAGGGCACGACUCAAGGCUGUCUGCUCCUCAAGUGUCCAUCCCUCGUGGGCCAGGUGACUCGAGGCCCGGGUGGCAGGGGUGGAGUCCUCCGGGGGUGGUCCUAGAGGCGGGGCGGCGGAAUGACAAUGUAACGCGUGUCGCUGCGUCGCGGAAUGUAAAUGGAAAACGUGAUUAGGUAUGGCGAGUGUCCGGGCGACGACGCAGGUGUGUGGGCAGGUGUGGGGCGGCGAGGUGACGCUUGACCCCGCACGACCCUUGGCCAGCCCGCACGAUCGCUUCCCGCCACCCUCUGCCAUGUCAAGUGGUCCUCGCGAGGUGUUUGAUGUGCGGGUGAGAUGAUCGUGAUGGAUGAGAGAAGAGAGAUGGAGGGGCAGGAACAGAAGCAGUCUCCCAAUGUGUCCAGCAGUGUUGUGUGUGUGGGAGAGGAGUUCCCUUCCCAGGAGUGUGUUGCUAUUAGUAUGGAACUGCAAGCUGACCACAACACCAUGACGAGCACCAUCACCUCCACCACCUCCGCAAGCAACGCAAUCUCCUCCGCCAAGCCUCUGAGGACCUGCAGGGUGUGUGGGGACAAGGCCAAGAGUAUGCAUUUUGGAGGCCUGUCCUGUGACUCCUGUAAGGCCUUCUUCAGGAGAGCAGUUCAUAAUGACACCUACACCAACUUCACCUGUCCAUAUGAUGGCACCUGUGUCAUCAACAUCACCUCCAGGAAGUGUUGCCAGUACUGCAGAUACCAGAAGUGCCUGAGUAUUGGCAUGGAGCGUUCCUGGGUGAUGUCUGAGGAGGACCGCCACCAGAUGAUGAGGCAGCGAGCCGAGAGGAAGGCCAAGGCUGCAGAACAGGACACCACCAGGAGGACACUGAAGGCUGGCAGGAGAGAGCUGGUGCCCUUUGAACCUGAUCCAAACACUAUGCUGAGUUAUAUGAGUGCUGCUGAGUGGGAAGAGCUGGAGCAAGCAGUGAGGAACUACCGUCAGGCGUACACUGCUGUCCCUCACAGCCAGUCUGUGGAAGGCUGGGAGGGCAAGGGAACAAGCCUGCAUAUCGUCAGCAUGUUCUCCACAGUAGUGCGUCGCUUUGCUCACUUUGCAAGACUCUUUCCAGAGUUUUCUGAGCUGCCAUCUGAGGACCAGAGUCGGCUGCUCCGUUAUGGCAUCCUGGAAAUGUCCCUUAUUCGUGGUAUUCAAAGUCUCCACACCAACAAUGACCGCUGGCCCCCCAUUCCUCACCCACCACCACCACCACCACUGCCACCACCAAUGCCACCACCUCCACCACCACACAGCACUGCCACCACCACCUCCCGAGCUGCCCCACAGGACACAAAGCAGGUGGUUUCCUGUGAGCUGUAUGAGAUGCAUAUGAAGUUUGUACAAAGUAUGAGGGAGCUUGGUGUGGAUGAACCAGUGCUGCUGCUGCUCCUGCUGGUGGUACUCUUCAGCAGCGACAGGCCAGGACUACAGACCGCUGCUGCUGUUGCUGUACAGACCCGACAGGACCACUACCUCCUUCUCCUUAGGAAGUACCUCAACUGGCGUCACGGCCCCAAUAACGCCCCCAUCUUGUACCCACGUCUGCUUCUCAAACUCACAGACCUGCGGGAGCUGAAUGACCAACACACAGAGUAUCACCUAAGGAUGGCACGGCAGGAGGUGAGACAGAGGCAGGGGAGGAGAAGUGUGCAGGAUGUAGAAUAAGACUUGAGAGGAGAGAUGGAGAGAUUGUUGAGAUACAGACUCAACUUGGCUGCAUGAACCUGAACCCAUAUGCUGAGUGGCCUGGCCUCAUCCCAUCACACAGGACCUCCCCAGCUCCUCACACAGACACCCAAAGAUCCUUACAGGAGGAG